GCCUGGAGUGGUGAGUAUUGCACAGGAUUCUGUGCAGGGAUAGAGGAUACCUUCUAAGGGUUCUUUGUAGACAUGGAUGAACUCAGGCAAUCUCUUUAAGCUUUGAUUCUCCCUGGGAAGGAGUGAAGCCAGCACUGUUUAAAGACACUGGAGCCCAGAAAGCCAAGCACUCUGUCACUAAGCAGGAGACUGUCAAGUGCCUGACCCCAGUGGCAAGGCUUCCAGAUUCUUCUGAAUCAAACCUGUUAUAUCCAACUGGAAUCCUCCUGGAAAACAUACAAAGAUGAGUUCUUAAGAACGUCAGAAGGAAAGAGCUGAUUUCUUCAUCCAGUCACUGGAUACCAAGUAAACAUCCUGAUACCUCUGAGGAGAGCCAGACGAUGGAGUCUGUGAACAAUCUCUGCAGUCAGUAUGAGGAGAAGGUUCAGCCCUGCAUUGACCUCAUCAACUCCCUGCGGGCUCUGGGUGUGGAGCAGGACCUGGCCCUGCCUGCCAUCGCUGUCAUUGGGGACCAGAGUUCAGGGAAGAGCUCUGUGCUGGAAGCACUGUCUGGAGUGGCCCUCCCCAGAGGCAGUGGUAUAGUUACCAGGUGCCCUCUGGUGCUGAAACUGAAACAACUCAAGCAGGGAGAAAAAUGGAGAGGCAAGAUCAUCUAUAAGGACACCGAGAUUAAUAUAUCAAGCCCCUCAAAGGUAGAAAGGGAAAUUAAUAAAGCUCAGAAUUUGAUUGCUGGGGAAAGGUUCCAGAUUAGCUCUGAGCUCAUUAGCUUGGAGAUCAGCUCUCCACAUGUCCCAGACUUGACCCUGAUUGACCUGCCUGGUAUCACAAGGCUGGCUGUAGGUGACCAGCCUAAAGACAUCAAACACAAGAUCAAGAAACUCAUCAGGACAUACAUCCAAAAACAGGAGACCAUCAACCUGGUGGUGGUCCCCAGCAAUGUGGACAUUGCCACCACAGAGGCUCUGAGCAUGGCUCGGGAGGUUGACCCUGAUGGGGAUAGGACCAUAGGGAUAUUGACCAAGCCCGAUCUGGUGGACAGAGGUGCUGAAGGCAAGGUUGUUGAUGUGGUGCGGAACCUGGUAUACCAUCUGAAGAAGGGCUACAUGAUAGUCAAGUGCAGGGGUCAGCAGGACAUCCAGGAGCAGCUGAGCCUGACUGAGGCUCUUCAGAAUGAGCAAGUCUUCUUCCAGGAGCAUCCAUACUUCAGAAUUCUUCUGAAAGAUGGGAAGGCCACAGUGCCCUGCCUGGCAAAGAGACUGACCGAGGAGCUCACCUCCCACAUCUGUAAAUCACUGCCACUAUUGGAAGGUCAAAUAAAGAGCAGUUUUCAGAGUACAAUCAAGGAGCUGCAGAAGUACGGUGCAGACAUACCAGAAGAUGACAGUAUGAGGAUGUCCUUUCUGGUGAAUAAAAUCAGUGCCUUCAAUAGGAAUAUCAUGAAUUUGAUACAAGCACAGGAACCCGUAUCAAAGGGAGACAGCCGGUUGUUUACCAAAUUGCGAAAUGAGUUUCUUGCUUGGGAUGAUCAUAUUGAGGAACAUUUUAAAAAAGAUUCUCCUGAGGUACAAAGCAAGAUGAAAGAAUUUGAAAAUCAGUAUCGUGGCCGGGAGCUGCCAGGGUUUGUGGACUACAAGGCAUUUGAGAGCAUCAUCAAAAAGCAAGUCAAAGCCCUGGAAGAGUCUGCUGUGAACAUGCUGCGCAGGGUCACUAAGAUGGUCCAAACUGCCUUCGUAAAGGUUUUAUCAAAUGAUUUUGGUGAUUUUUUAAACCUCUACCGUACUGCUAAGUCCAAAAUUGAAGACAUAAGAUUAAACCAAGAAAAAGAAGCUGAAAAACUGAUCCGAAUUCACUUCCAGAUGGAACAGAUUGUCUACUGCCAGGACCAGGUUUACAAGGAAACCUUGAAGACGAUCGAGAAGGAAGCUGAGGAAGAGAAGACUGGGGUGAUAGUUAUAAACUUGGAUACCUCUCAAAAUAACUCUCAGUUUCCUCAAAAGGAGUUCACUACCAAGGAGAUGACCCAGCACCUGAAAGCCUACUACCAGGAGUGCAGAAGGAAUAUUGGGAGACAGAUCCCUCUGAUUAUCCAGUACUUCAUCCUGAAAACAUUUGGGGAGGAAGUAGAGAAAACGAUGCUUCAGCUUUUACAGGACACCAGUAAGUGCAGCUGGUUCCUGGAGGAGCAGAGUGACACCAGAGAGAAGAAGAAGUUCCUGAAGAGGCGGCUUUUAAGGCUGCAUGAGGCUCGGCAGAAGCUUGCCAAAUUCUCCGAUUAACCAGGCUAGCUACAUGGCUUUCUUGGUCGCUGCGCAAUGAUCCUUUAGCUGCUUACCUUAUGUCAGAAUGUUGCCUUUAGGCUGUGGAAGCAAGCAAGCCCUUUGCAAACUCUGAGGAGAUGAGGAGAGAGGAGCUAUGGAGAGUCAUUCUACUUCAGCAGGAAGACAUGACCCUAUCAAAGCCUAGGAGGAUGGCACCUCUCAAGAUCCUGCUCCUAACUGUCUUUUCUUUGUCAGGAGGAUGUACUGGCUGAGCACCUCAGAAGGGUCGGCUUCUGGUUUUGUACUGUCCUGUCUGGAAGCAGUGUGAGAGGUGCCACAGGGUCCUGGUAGGACAGCUCUUUGUAGGCAUAUAUUUUUUGCAAAAAUUUUAACAAGGAUUCCACCUCUCUUUUAGCCCACCACCCAUCAGAGGUAGUGGAAGAGAAAAGUAAGUUAUUAGGCUAUGGAGGAAGUGGACCUGUUCAGCAAUAGUUCUUUGGGGGCGAGCUCAGUCUUCCUUGGCAGCAGUUCAGAUCCAUAGCAAACAUCAAAUAUGACUCAGCAGCUGCAGACCAGUCCUCUAGGCAGGCAGAUACCACAUACAACCAGCGGCUAUAGUCCAGUCCUUUCCACAGGCAGAAACGAAGCAUGAAUCAGCAACUGAUCUUGAUGAAAGCUUGCCAUCUAGCCUGAGGUGAGGCUGCAGAAGCAACAAACUGCUGCAGGAACCUCACAAGUAGUUCUUAGGUGAGUUUCUCUCAAUGGCAGUGUUACCACAAGUGGAGCUCAACUAUGUAAGGCAAACCAUUCCAUGCAUGUUGAUAGUGAAGAAUAGCUAGGCAGAGCAAAUCAAGCCAAGGCUCAGUUGCUCAUCUCAGACUGUUUGUGAGGUCAUAUUUAUACUCCUUCAUCAUGGGUCCUUUCAUGUAUUUGCAAUAUCAUAUGAAAUCAUCCUUUCAGCUGUGUCUGCUUCAGGGAAACAUUCUUUCAUGUGUUUGCUUCAGCAAGACAUCCUUUCACCUGUGUACC